UUUUGGCGACGUGAUGCGCGACUCCGGCUCGAGCAGCGUGCCCAUCUUCUUCUUGGUUUAAGGCCUUGUUCUCGCCUUGUCCUCUCUCUCUCUCUCUCCACGCAGCGGAACGCCGAGGGAGGCGACGAUGAUGGCUGCCCGUUUCGUGAACCGGUCCAAAACCCUAAACCUAGAUCGUCUCCUCCAUCCCUCCUCCCCGGUCGAUCCCUUCCCCUCCUCCCAAUGCCUCCGAGCUCUUCUCCACUCCAUUGUUUCCCCGCCGCCCCUUCGCCCUCCCGGCCGCGGCUACGUCCCGCCCCCGGAUCCCAGGUCUGCCGCUGGGGGAGCGGCACACAGUUCCCCUCUCCUUUCCUCCGCCUCCCCUGUGCUCGAUUCGGCUCCCAGUCUCCCCAACACCGCGCCUGCCCGCACCCGUGGCUCCCGAAAGAUCAUAGAAGGGUCAGAUCAUGCUAGCUGUUCCAGUUCUGACAUCAAUAGGAUGAUCAAGGGAGUAACAAGGCCUGAAGGCAUCUCAGUUUUGUUUGGGGAACACUUCAGAUGGCAUAUGAUCAAGAGAAAUCCUACAAAUUUUCUCAAUAAACAUUUUGGAAAGCACUCAGUGAUUCCUUGUUUAGGUAGAAGUUCCGUAGUCAGUUAUUCUACACAACCAUCAGAACGAACGACAAAAGAGGAGAUGAGAAAAGACAUAUCUACAAUUGAAGAUCCCUUUGAUGCUCCCACAUAUAAUAUUCCAGAAAAGCCUGUGACAUUUGCAGAGGGAGCUUCAUACAGUGUUAUAAUACUUGCAGGUCUGGGCAUCGCAGCCUUGGCUGCAUAUGGUGUUUUUAAAGAGCUAAUCUUUGAGCCAAAAGAGUACAAGAUUUUUGGAAAGGCUCUUGAACGGGUUCAGAAUGAUAGUCAGGUUACAGUAAGAAUUGGCUCCCCUGUUAGUGGCUAUGGCCAGGAAAGCAGAAACCGUGCUGCUCGCCAACGUAUUCCCAAUAGGGUUUGGACGGAUGAAGAUGGAAUUGAACAUGUCGAGGUAAACUUCUAUAUUCGUGGACCACAUGGAUAUGGAAAGGUGUAUGCUGAAAUGUUCAGAGAUCAUGCUGACAGGAAGUGGAAGUUCACAUACCUGAUUGUUGAGAUUAAGUCACCAUCUCAUGCACAAUUGUUGCUGGAAUCUUACGUUCCAGCUUAAGAUACAGGCAGGCAAGCAAUUGUAACUGCUUUCUCCCCCUUCAAUCUUCGCCUUCCCCACCCUCCCAAGGGAAACACGAUGUGGACUGUAGCUGAAUAUUCCUUACGUUUGCUUCAUGCUUGUCUUGGCUACUUCCUGAAGUAGCUGCUCCUCAUGUGUUAUGGGCAUGAAUUAGCCAAAUCCGAAGGGGAACAUGGAGGAGAAGAUGACCGCCUCUUAGGCUUUGGUUCGGAUUUAAUCAAGAUGUUGCCAAAUUCCCAGGGAAACAUGAAAUAAUACAGCCAGACCCUGAGGAAUGAAGAGAUGUAAUCCUAAUGAAGAUUUUUAGUCAAAGUUUGCUCGUGUUUGUGUAAAAUUUUACGAGGAGGAAAUUCUAGCACCCUAAUGACUUCCCAACGAGGAGAACAUUGGAGAUUACACUUUGGUUAAUGAACCAAAAAAACAAAAAGCUGCAACUUCACGAUCGGUGGAUGUCAGCUUUUAUUUUCUGCAAUUUUAUGUGUUUCUUUUUCCCUUUUCUUUUAAUAGAGCAUGGCUUUGUUCAAGAGGAAACCCAAGUAUAAUAAUUUAAUAUUUGGGAGGUUGUUGCAGAGUUAGUAAUAGAAUUUUAUGUAAUUUAAUAUAUAACCAGCUGCUUCUGUGGUGGUUAUG